AUGGAGCCUCUUCAGAAGGAUGAACAAAAGAUUGCCCAGCUGGACAUAGAGGAAAUAGAAGUUGAAGCAUCAUUCUGGAAAUCGGCUUUGAUCUGUGUAGUCAUUGGUGCUAAUCCACCAUUACCAGUUUUUGAAGGUUUUAUCAACCGGAUUUGGGGGAAGCUUGGGAUUGACCGAGUGGCAAGGAUGAAUUAUGGAUUUACGAUGGUUAAAUUCAGAGAUGAAGCUACACGUGAUUUAGUUUUAGAAUCAGGGGUAGUUCAUUUUGAUAGGAAGCCAAUUAUCUUAAGACCUUGGACAACUAAUAUUGAUACUCUAAAAUCGAUCAAAUCGGUUCUUGUUUGGAUCCGUCUUCCUGAUCUUGGUUUACAAUACUGGGGCACGCAAAGUUUGAGUGCAUUGGUUAGUACUAUUGGAAAACCAAUCAUGAUAGAUAAGGUCACUAAGGAUAGAUCGAUGAUUAAGUUUGCUCGGAUUCUGGUUGAUAUGAAAAUAUCAAAUACUCCUCCUAAAUUCAUUAACUACAUUAAUGAGAGAGGUCAAGUAAUGGAUCAAUUGAUAGACUAUGAGUGGCUGCCUACCAAAUGCUCUAAUUGCAAAAAGUUAGGGCAUACAACUUCUUCUUGCAAGCAUGUGGAGGGUAUGGUCUGGAGAAAGAAAGAGGUCCCAAUUGUUGCUACAGAAAACAACACUAAGCAUGAAGCUUCAGGCAGUAAACUUAACCAAAGACAGGACAACUCAGCUCAGUUAUCAACUAAAAUGGAACCGAAAUCCCAGCUUGAGGUGCUUCCCAAGGAGCAAGGAUGGGCCACACCGAAAAAACCAGGUACCAUGAAGGCGAAAUCCCCUGUUACUGAUCAGAAUACAAAAAAUGCUUUCAGUGUUCUCCAAGAACAGAAGCAAUUUCUUAAUGAUCCUUCAUUAUUACUGAAUUUGAAUGGACAAUUUCAAUAUAAUGAGCUGGAAUGUAUUGGGGCUCUUUUGAAAACCAAAAUAAAAGGUGAUCGAGUAAAGGAUGUUAUGAACUCUAGUUUUAUGGGUUGGGAUUAUUAUAGUAGUAGGACCCUGGAAGGUAGAAUCCUGUUAAUCUGGAAGGGCAGUUGGGUCAAAGUAGAUGUUUUGAUUGAUCAUGCUCAGUUUAUUCAUUGUAAGGUUCAGAUUUGGGCAACUGGCCAGUCAUUUUGUUUAACUGUGGUUUAUGGCUCAUAUCAGUUAGAGUUGAGGAAAGUUCUUUGGUCUGAGCUGUCUGUAAUUUCUCACCCUGUCAAACCGUGGUUAGUUAUUGGAGAUUUCAAUUCUGCUUUUGAUUUAGCAGACCGUAUAGGGGGUAAGGUCAUUUCUCCUAAAGAAUUAGAGGAUGCUCGAAAAUGGCUCGAUCUUGGGAUUGUGGAAGAAAUGAAACUGUUGGGUUCUUUUUACACUUGGUCGAAUAGUCAAAAUGGGAAUAAUCGCAUUUUUUCCAAGUUAGACAAAGUGUUCAUUAAUGAGGAUUGGCUUGAUACUUUCCCAAAUGUCAAUGCCAUAACUAAUUGGGAUGUUGUUUCUGAUCAUUGUGCCAUCAUUAUGAAGCAUAUUUCUGUCCACAAGAAUGAGGGUUGUGGUUUACAACAGGUCUCGAGGAAGUUACAACGACUUAAGUUUGUUUUGAAGAGGUUUAAUUGGAGGAUUGUUGGUGACAUAGUUAAGAAGUAUGAGGAAAGUAAGAUGUUGUACCAGCAAGCUAAAAGCAACUUGUUCACUGAUCCGAAAAAUCAAAACCUGAGCGAAAUUGAGAGAGCUACUCACCUGGAGUUCAAAAAGAAAGAGGCAGCUUAUGCGAGUUAUUUGUAUCAGAAAAGUAAGGUUGAUUGGCUCAGAUUCGAUGAUGAGAACUCAGCCAUGUUCUAUGCCAGUGGAGCUAGUGCAUCAACUGGGUUUAUUGAGUCCUCAGUAGUGCUCUCGGGUCCUAUUCUUAACAUUGAUUACCAAACUUUCCUGAUCAAACCUUUCACUUACCAAGAAGUCAAAACAGCCAUGUUUAGCAUUAAGGCAGUAAAGAGCCUGGGUUCGGACGGGUUUGGGCCUGGUUUUUACAAGAGUCUAUGGUCUGUCAUAGGGAAAGAAGUGGCUACAGCAAUGACUGAAUUUUUUGAUAUAGGAUACAUUCCGAAGACUUUGAAUAGUACCAUAUUAGCUCUUAUUCCUAAAGUCAGUCAACCCUCAAAUGCCUCAGAAUAUCGCCCAAUAGCCUGCUGCAAUACCCUAUACAAAUGUAUAUCUAAAAUGCUUUGUAACAGGUUGAUUCCUAUCCUUCCCAAGUUGAUAAAUCAAAACCAAGGAGCUUUUGUUAAGAAUAGAACUAUUGCUCAUAAUGUUCUUAUUCUUCAAGACCUUCUUAAAGGCUAUAGCCGGAAAAGAGUGUCGCCUCAGUGCUUAAUGAAAAUAGAUCUUAGCAAAGCCUACGAUUCUAUUGAUUGGGAUUUUCUUGAGAAUCUAUUGAAUGCUUACAAGUUUCCUGGUAGGUUCAUUAAAUGGAUUAUGGUUUGUUUGAGAGGAUCUUCCUAUUGCAUUAUUAUGAAUGGUCAACUCUAUGGUAAUUUUAAGGGUGGUAAGGGGUUGCGUCAAGGUGACCAUAUUUCCCCCCUUCUCUUUAUUCUAGUUAUGGAAUACCUCACACGAGAUCUACAUGGGGCCGCUAAAGAUAAGAAUUUCAGAUUUCAUCCGCUUUGUAAGACUUUGAACAUAACUAACCUUUGCUUUGCGGAUGAUUUGUUGCUAGUUUGUAAAGCUCAUGAUAGUUCUAUUCAGCUCAUGCUGCAGAUUUUUAAAUCCUUUUCAGCAGCUUCUGGUCUGAGUAUUAAUCAAGCUAAGUCUCGCAUUUAUUUUGGGGGUAUUUCUAUAGCUGAGAAGGAGAAACUUUUGAGUAUUACUAAUAUGACAGAAGGGCAGUUUCCAUUAGUGUAUCUUGGUGUUCCUUUGCGGCCUACUAAGUGGAAAGCUAUGGAUUGUGAUCUCAUAACUUCGAAAUUUAGGCAAAGACUUCAUGGUUGGGCCAGCCGUAACUUGUCUUAUGCUGGAAUUUUUUUAUGGGGUGGUAAUGGCUUUCAAAGUAAAUUUCAUCUUGCUUCUUGGGACCAUGUUUGCAGACCUAAAUCCUAUGGUGGUUUAGGAUUUAAAGAGGGUGUUCUCUGGAAUAAGAUUAACCUUGCUAGAUAUGUUUGGGCGAUCUCUUCUAAACAAGAUAGUCUUUGGGUCAAAUGGGUGAAUUGCACCUAUUUAAAAGGUGUCCGGAUUUGGGAUUAUGUAUUGCAUCAAGAUACUAGCUGGUACUGGAAAAAGCUAGUUAAGGUGAGCAAGUUUUUGUCUGAUUCGAUUAUGAAUGCUGCUGUUUGUAAGGGGAAACUCAAGCUGAAUAAACUUUAUCUGCUAUCCAUUUCUGGUUCCCCUAGCACAGGAAUGAAGAAUAUUUGGUGUAAACUCUCAGUGCCCAAGCACAGGUUUAUACUGUGGCGGGCUUAUCAUCAGAACCUUCUUACCAGAGACUUAUUGCAACACUGCAAUAUCCCUGUUAUCUCUCAAUGUUGCCCGGUUUGUGAGUCUGAUAUGGAGAGCCAUGCUCACCUAUUUUUUGACUGUUUGUUUUCUAGGAAAGUUCUUCAAUCGGUUGCUAGUUGGCUGGGAGAUCUAAUUUGGCCUGGGAAUUUCCAGAAUUGGUGUUGCUGGCUAGAAGAGCCCAGUAAGGAUGAUUUGUCUCGGGUAGUUGCAGCUACAUUGGCUGCUUCAGUGUAUUUCAUCUGGCAAAAUAGAAACAAGUGCUGGUUGGAAAAUUGCUGUUUUUCUGUGGCCCAUGUUGAUGUUCUUAUUAGAAAUUCAGUUAAAGCUAGAGCUAAUAACCUUAGCCAUAGGAGUAAAAUUCUGAAUUUGAGGGAGAAAUUGAUGAUACAUUUUUUCUCUAGACUGUAA